AUGCGUUUAACUUCUGAAAAAUGGCUUUCCAUGAAAUGCCUUGCGACAUACUUCCUCCUUUGUAAUGGCCUCGAAGUCGCUGCGAAGCCCGCCACCGAAGCAACAAAAGGACCGGGACCCGUCACAGUUGUGGCCUCCCGCAAGGGGGGCGCUAUUACAGUGGUUUUCACCCCGACCUCCGUGAGCGUGGCAGGCAUCACCCCGCCAGUAACCAAAGCCACGACCAUCACGACAACCAAAAACUCCAAAGAAACAGCUGCCAUCGCCAUUGCCGCUGGUGCUGGCAUAGUUGCCAAUGGUGCACUUGCGGCUUGGGUUUUCAGGCCUAUCCCAGAAGGACCUCCAGCACCGACGACUCCGCCGCCUUAUUCCACGUCGCAACAGCCGAAACCCUCAAAAACGAAAGAUCCGCCCAAAGGUACAACGACGACAAUGAAGCCGGCCGCCUGUCCGUUCACCAAAGUAAAUGCAAAGCAUGACUUUACAUCAGUCCCGGAUCCGCCCAAGUGGACAGGUAAAAUCCCUUCACAAACUGUCACUUCCAAGUCGCCGGAGUGCACCAAAGCAGGGAAGAAUAACGAGCUCCUUCGUGGUACUAAUCCUGACUAUGUUAACGAGCUAGCCAAGGUAUUUUGCAAGGGUGGUCUUUCAAAAGAUAGAAGCAGCACACUUGGCUAUGAUGACCUUCCCAAGAAGGGCACGUUCACCGACAAGCUGAAGGAGAUUCAAGUCAAAUUCAACUUCAAGUUCGGAAGGAAGAACGAUGCUUGUCCGAAGAAUUGUGCUGCUUCAUACGCCAGCAUGAUCAAGAGGUGUCAAUACAAUUCACACGCCGUCUUUGGUGGUGGCAGUCUGGAGCAAGGCUGUGGAACAUAUAGAUUCAUGAUCGAAGGUGAACCUAGAACUGAACUGAGCUGCAAGAAAUCUGAGUCGCGUGGCGUUUUCUUCAACUACCAAUAUAGCGAUGCCGCUCUCGAUUCCAUUGAAAAUUUCUGCAAAGCACAGGACGGAAAAGUCAUCAAGCAAAAGGACGAGAAAACGUGGAUCAAAGAAACUUCGUUUUCUGUCACGUACUCGGAUAAAUGUAAGGGCUCCGGAGAGUAUAAAAUCAAGAAAGAUUAUUGCAGGAAAUACCUGCAACGUACUGUCAACGAUUGUGACACACAUACCCGCGUUUAUAAGCACGGCGGUACCGUCACCGAUACUGAUAAUUGUGGUUCCUUUACAUUCCAUCCCACUGGGUACGACGUUUUCUUUUGCUAUCCCCAUAACAAGGAUGGCGGGCUUAUCACCCAGGGAACACAUGCCAUUGUCAGCCUCGAUAUUGUCAAGGAUGCUAUCAACGCAUUUUGCAACCGUGAAGGGGAUGGACAAACGUACACCAUCUCUCCAGAUAUCAAACCUAACAAGGGCUUUAUACAAGACACUUGCAAAGAGAAGGGAUAUGCCUCCUGUGGAUAUUUUUAUACCAAAGAUGGCAAGAGAGUCACGAAGAAGGGGGAAGUCGGGGACCUUGUUCUCAGGAUGGAGGCAUCCUAUCAUGAGCAAAAGGAAAUCAAAUGCGGGCCGAAGAAGAAAUGUAAGGAUAUGCUUAAUAAGGUUAUUGGCAUCGAUCCGAAGGGAAUGUGCGUUGGCAAGGACCCAAAGAAGUUAGAUUUGGGAUCAUUUUUGGAGUCCUCAGAGAAAGGGUGCGUGUUAUGGAAUAUGUGGGCUGUUGAGACGCACUGA